AUCAAGAAUUUAGGGAAGAAAAAAAGAAAAAAAAGAGAGAUGAACAACGACGGCCACAUGCAUGGAAUGGCUAUGGGGCCGCCUCCACUAUCAUCGUCAACCAUCAUGAACAACGCCACUGGAGGAGGCGGCGGGAUGAUGAUGAAGAACCACCAUCACAUGAUGCAUAUGACAUUUUUCUGGGGAAAGAAUACUGAGAUUCUCUUCUCAGGUUGGCCUGGAUAUGAUAAUUUGGGCAUGUACAUUUUGGCACUUGUUGUUGUCUUUUUCAUGGCGAUUUUCGUCGAAUUUCUCUCUCAUAGCAAUUACAUUAACAAGAGUAAUGUUGAUGAUCAUGUGACUUUUGGAAUUCUUCAGACAACCUUGUAUGGUUUGAGAAUUGGUUUGGCUUAUGUUGUUAUGUUGGCUGUUAUGUCUUUUAAUGGUGGUGUUUUCUUGGUUGCUAUUGUUGGACAUUCUUUAGGGUUUAUGGUUUUUGGAAGUAGGGUUUUUAAGAAAUCGUCUAGUGAGAAGAACUUGGAUCUUCCUCCUAUGAGUUGUAGUUGUUGAUUAAUUUAGUUUGUAAUAGCAUGUACUAGCAAAUAUUUAUUUACAAAAGAAACAUGAAGAUAUGUGAUUUAUCAAUGCAGCGCAUUU